CCAUUUUUGAACACGCGUAUCUGCAGUAACCAGCAUCUGUGGAUCUCUACGACAGCAGUGACGCAGGCCGCGGACGUGUGUCAGUGAUGCCGCGUUUCGGCUUUCGUACGGUUGGAAGAGUGCAGGGGCCGGAGGGGCAAGGCCGGCCGACCUCACAUGUGCGGCGACCUAUGAUCAACCACCACCACCACCACCACCACCACUUUGUUCAUCCAAGCACAUGACUGACCAGCUCACGGGGCCAAUGUCAUAUAGAUAUCAACCUCGACGACUGCAUCCCACAGAAAAUUCCCGGGCUGACAACUACAAGUAUCUAACAUCCAAUCCACAUCAUUCAAAAACGGCACAUCGCGGCUUUAGGAAGCUUAUCAACAACCCCUCAACCCCGAUAAGAAACCCCGAGCAUCUCAACCCUUCGACAGCAAAGCAAAGCAAUGACGGGCGAAACCCUCCAGCCGGGCCAAGCCGACCUGCCCUCGGCCAAGAGCACGGCGUCUUACUGGCACCGCGAGCCCUCCAAGACGCUGCUCGGCCACAGGACAACUCGGGACCUGCCGCCGACCGCGGAUGUCGUCGUUAUCGGCAGCGGCAUCACAGGCGCCUUCGCUGCCAAGGAGUUGCUGGAGCGGGCUGGUGCCGGCGCUGGUGGGAAGGAGAAGAAGAGAGUUGUCCUGCUUGAGGCGCGGGAGGUUUGUUGGGGAGCUACUGGACGGAACGGCGGCCACUGCCAACCUGUAGCUUACAACCCAAACACCGCAAUCGCAACCUUUGAGCUCGCAAACUACGCCCACCUCCGCGACCUCAUCGCCAGCAACGCCGUCCCCUGCGACUGGGUCUCCCUCCGCGGCGUCCACGCCCUCCUGACGCCCGACCUCGUCGACGCCGCCCGGAAGCAAAUCGCCGCGCUGCCGCCCCGUUUCGCCUCCCUCGCGCGCCUCGUCACCGACGCCGAGGAGCUCGCAGACCUCCGGAUCCCGGACGCCGUCGGCGCCGUUGUGCAGGAGGAGGCGGCGAGCGUGUGGCCCUACAAGCUCGUCGCGUGGACUUUUGAGGACCUGCUGCGGAGGUUCGGAGUCGACAAGGCUGACGAUGGCACUUUGACGGGGAACGACAGGCAAGGCGUCUCGUUCAACAUCCAAACCUCCACGCCCGUCACACGCCUCCAACACCUUCCCGCCUCCGCCCCGUCCGGCACAUCAUCAUGGAUCCUCCACACCCCACGCGGCCAAAUCGCCACCGCACAAGUCCUCUUCGCCUCAAACGCCUACACCUCGCGUCUCCUCCCGCGCUUCGCGGACCUCGUCGUCCCCGUCCGAGGCCAGGUCGCCGCCCUCUUCCCGCCGCGACCGCGCGCCGAGCUCGGGAGGAGCUACGUCUUCAUGGCGAGCUCCGACGCUGCCAAGGGAGAGCCGAACCAGGAUGAUUACCUCAUACAGCGGCCCGGCCCCGGGCUGGAGAUGAUUCUGGGCGGGGGGCGGGCGAACGGGACGCUGCGCGGGGUGGGCAUCUCUGACGACGACGAGGUUGAUCCUGUCGUUGCUUCGUAUUUGAGGCGGGCUGGAGCGGGGAAUCUCGACCUGACCAGCGCUGCUGAUACUGGUCGUACCGGUACCGCCGCGGGAACGGGGCAGACGCCGACGCAGGUGCAGGACGGAGAGAAUAUCGCCACCAACAACAAUAGCAAGAAGGAGCUAGAAGCGAGUCACGAGUGGACGGGCAUCAUGGCCUUCUCGCGCGACGGGAGGCCGUGGGUCGGACAGGUGCCCGCCGGGACCGUCCUCGGCGGCGGGGAAGGAUUGUGGGUCUGCGCUGGGUAUACCGGGCACGGAAUGCCGCAGGCCGCGUUGUGCGGGCGGGCUGUGGCGGGCAUGAUGAUGGGCGGCGGCGGUAGCAGGAGCAGCAAGGAGGGCGACGUGGACGAGGAGGAGAAGCUUCCGGCUGAGUUCUUGGUUAGUGAGGAGAGGGCUGAGAAGGCGAGGGCUUUGCCUUCCAUCAAGGAGAUGGAUGAUUUGGAUAUGUUCUUGUUGUGAAUAGAGGUACAUGUUAUGGCUCAUCUCUGUCAACUCCGGAACAAGGGCGUAUAUAAAUGGCACCGUUCGUCUACGAGUUUUCGGUAAUAUCCUCUUUGCAGCACAGGUAGCUCUUGCAGCCACAGAAGUCCCCAGUCUGUGAACAUAUAGAUCAUCUAGACAUCGCCUUCCACCAUCGCUCCUCCGUGAAAAGCGUCACUCGCGAAGAAUGGGACAACAACGUAGGCA